GGCUAUUGAGCGAGCCUACACUUGUCACCCCGGUUCAUGAUCUUCUGUGGUGUCUACGAUUAAUGGCGUCGGCUAAGAUCUUUUAGUUAAUGCACAUGUGAUUAAAAGAACAACGCUUUGAGGUAUGUCAUUGUCUCCGACGUCUUUCAUCCAUCACCAGAGAGCUCCAGUGUGAACACCAGCCGCAGACAUUGGGCGCAUCGCGAGUAAACACGCCAAAAAUCGAGCGAAGUGUGCUGAUUCACACACUGUUAAAGUUUUCGGACUGAAUCAGCCAUCAACAAUGGCUACAGUCCAAGAGCCUCAGGGGGAUGCCAUCAGGACUGAAAUGCAGGAUCAAGAGAUGGAGAGUCUGGAUCCUAAAGAGGCUGACAUAAUGGAGGAGAGUCGGGAUGAUAGAGACUCCAUUCAAGAAGAAAUGAUUACAGAUUCACAGAUCAGAGAUGACACUUCAAAAGACGAUUCAGGCUUGGAGGAUGAUGAUUCUAGACCUGAAGCUACUUUUAGAUAUGAAGUUUCUCACAUUAGUAAACUGAAGGAGACUGUGUUAUCUCCCCCUUGCUACAUUCGCAAUUUGCCUUGGAAAAUUAUGGUGAUGCCACGAAACACCUCACCCCAGCAAGACAGGGCACCACAAAAGUUUCUCGGCUUCUUUCUCCAAUGUAAUGGGGAAUCAGAAUCCUCUUCGUGGUCAUGUAAUGCUGUUGCAGAUCUGCGCUUGCUGUCCCAAAAAGAGGGAGUUGAGGAUUUCUCAAGAAAGAUCCAGCAUCUGUUUUUUAGCAAAGAAAAUGACUGGGGCUUCAGCCACUUUAUGAAUUGGACUGAAGUCCUUGAUCCAGAAAGAGGUUAUUGUAAGGACGACACAAUAACGCUUGAAGUGCACGUCAAUGCUGAAGCUCCGCAUGGGGUUAGCUGGGAUUCCAAGAAGCACACCGGUUUCGUCGGACUGAAAAACCAAGGAGCCACCUGCUACAUGAAUUCGUUGCUCCAGACACUCUUUUUUACCAAUCAAUUACGGAAGGCGGUUUAUAAAAUGCCCACAGAGAGUGAUGACACCCAACGAAGCGUUGCCUUGGCGUUGCAGCGAGUCUUUUAUGAACUUCAGUUUAGCGAUCGCCCUGUCGGAACGAAGAAACUGACAAAGAGUUUUGGUUGGGAAACGCUUGAUUCCUUCAUGCAGCACGACGUCCAGGAAUUCUUAAGAGUUCUGUUGGAUAAGCUGGAAAGCAAAAUGAAGGGAACGUGUGUUGAAGGCACAGUUCCUAGGCUUUUUGCGGGUAAAAUGGUUUCGUUCAUCAAAUGUAAACACGUAGACUACACUUCAUCACGAGCUGAAACAUUCUACGAUAUUCAGUUGAGUGUCAAAGGGAAACGAAACAUCUUGGAAUCGUUCAAAGAUUACGUUGCCACCGAGACAUUGGACGGAGAUAACAAAUACGACGCAGGAGAACAUGGACAUCAAGAGGCUGAGAAAGGUGUGAUCUUCGCCAGCUUCCCUCCCGUACUUCAUCUUCAUCUAAUGAGAUUUCAAUACGAUCCGGUUACAGAUUGUUCGAUCAAAUUCAACGACAGAUUCGAAUUUUACGACAAGCUGGAUUUGAAUCCGUAUCUACAGGCGCCCGAGUCUUCUUCAGCCACUUAUACUCUCCACGCCGUCUUGGUUCACAGUGGGGAUAACCACGGUGGCCACUACGUUGUGUUUAUUAAUCCAAAAGGCGACGGAAGAUGGUGCAAGUUUGAUGAUGAUGUUGUUUCCCGCUGCACCAAGCAAGAGGCAAUCGAUUACAAUUUUGGAGGAGCUGAUGAAGAAGGUUCACUCAACAUUAAGCAGUGCACCAACGCUUACAUGUUAGUGUAUAUCAGAGACUCGACACUACGAUCGGUUCUGCAGGACACUACCGAACGCGAUAUUCCUCGCGAACUCGUAGCUAGACUCUCAGAAGAGCGUAGACUUGAGGCUCUCAAACGGAAGGAGCGCAACGAAGCUCAUCUUUUCAUGACAGUCCAGUUAGUGACAGAAGAUAACUUCCAAGGUCAUCAAGGGUUUGAUUUAUAUGACCCAGAACAGGGUGUAUCGAUAAACUUGAGAAUUAGGAAACUAGCCACCUAUCAAGAGCUAACGGAAUUGAUUGCCUCUACCACGCGUUACAAUGUCGAUCAGUUCCGAAUUUGGCCAAUGGCUGGGCGAACCAAUAACACAAUGCGUCCCAAAGCACUAGAUUGGGAAUCGGACCUUGGCAAGUGUGUAACCGAUGUGGCUGACAACUGCAAUCCUUGGACUUGUUUCCUGGAAUUAUUGCCGCCGGAUUCGGGGCUCUCGGCCUUGCCUCCAUUCCAACAGGAUCGAAUGGUCUUAUUGUUUUUCAAGUACUACGAUCCAACAACCCGCCAGAUUCACUAUGCUGGACAUCAUUAUGCCUUGAUCAAGCGGCCAUUGGCCGACCUCGUCCCCAUUUUACUCCAAAGAGCCGGCCUUCCACCUCACACACAGUUGGAGUUGUACGAGGAGGUCAAACCCGGCAUGAUUGACACCAUAGAACAUAUUGACAAACCACUGGAAACUAUUUUGGAGGAACUUAUGGAUGGAGACAUCAUUUGUUACCAAAAGUAUGAUCCAGAAGUGAUGGGUUCGCAGUUAGGCACGGUCAAGAAAUAUUUCUAUGACCUGCUUCACCGAAUCGAAGUCACAUUCUGUGACAAAACGAACCCGUUGGACGUGACAGGAUUCACCCUCAGCAUGUCGGAGGAUUUGGGUUACGAUCAAGUGGCUCGACUAGUCGGUGACAGAAUCGGAUACCCUCCUAACAUGCUCCAGUUCUUCAAGAGUCAAGGUUACAGAGAGGGCCCCGGUCCAUCGAUUCGCUAUCACUGGGAAACAUCACUGAAGGAGAUGGUGACCUCGGCCAAAGUCAAGCAACCCAAAAAGCUAUUUUACUUGAGGCUGACCAUGCCCAUCACCGAAUUAGAGAGCAAGAGGCAAUUCAAAUGCACCUGGGUAGAUUCCCGUCUCAAGGAUGAGAAAGAGUUGACAUUGUAUCCAGCAAAAACAGCAACAGUAGCGGAGUUGUUGGAAGAAGCCCGAAAGCACAUGACUUUAUCAGAAAAUGGUUCUGGAAAACUUAGAUUAUUGGAGAUAGUGAGUUACAAGAUUCAAAGUAUUGUCUAUGAGGAGAUUCGACUCGAUAUGCUGAACACGAGCCCUCCACGAUGGUUCCGAGUUGAGGAGAUUCCAAAAGACGAGCUUGAAAUAGGCGAUGAUGAACUCCUUAUUCCAGUAGCUCAUUUUUCCAAAGAAAUCUAUUCUGGGUUUGGCAUUCCCUUUCUCUUAAAAGUGAGGGAAGCUGAACCCUUUUCUCAAGUCAAAGAGAGGAUACAAAAAAGACUCGAGGUCCCGGAUAAAGAGUUUGAAAAAUAUAAAUUUGCUGUCGUAGUGAUGACUCGCAUUCGCAAUCUAACGGAGACCCCUGAAUUGACUCUCAACCUGGAAGAUUUUAAGCCUCCACUCAAUCAGCAGCCUUUAGUGCAGAUGCGACCUUGGUUAGGUAUCGACCAUGUGAACAAGGCACCUAAACGUACGCGCUACAGCUAUUACGAAAAGGCCAUCAAGAUUUACAACUAACUCAAAAAGAAAUAAUGCAGUUUGAUUCCUAAAAUGGGGUAUCUUAAUUUCAAUCGCUUAAAAAAGGAGGGAAGAAGUUGAAGGAGAUGCGAUUACAAGAAGCUCCCUGUAACAGGUUCAAAUUGGAUUCCCAUUUUGUAAAGUCACUGAACCUCCAUCCCCAAUGUAACCCUCCACCAGCUCCUUUCAACUCGCUCAUCUUGAUAUGACGGCUUUUCCAACACUUCGUCUCGAUUGAUGUCUUUCCUCUGUUCUGAAGCCAUUAAAUUAUUUUUAAGUGAAUGCUCCCCCCCCCCCUAUUUUCCACUCUUCACUUAAUGAUUUUUAAUUUCUAUUUUUCCCAUUCGGAAUUCUUUCUUACUUCUUAAGGAUUUUUGUAGGGGAAAUCCUAUGAAGAUAAGGCGCAGACGAGGUCGAGAUUGUUGGAAAGGUGACUGGAUUCGUUUCUUUAUUAUUAUUUUUUUUUUUCGAAACUUCAAAAUGUUCUACCCCUCCUACUACCGCGGUUUGUGCCGCGAAUGUUGAUAAUGUGCUAAUAAUUGAAGCUAGAGUGAGAAAUUAAAAAUUUGAAAACACUG